UGCAGCCUGCAAGUCCCAGUAAUGCUGAAAGACCUUUCUUGAGUGUUUGCAAGAAGUUUACCUGCAGGGCAAGUGAAGAUUUGGUUUGGAUGUGGACACUGUAGAGACUUUACUUUGUUUGGGUUUAGCUGCUUGCUGGGACGUUGAGAGUUGAGAGGGAAAGAUCUUGAUUACAGCAAGAACCCAUCUCGAGCUUUGUUUUGAAAUUUCUGAUUAUUGGACGUGUGGACGCGGAGGACAAUGUCCACAAUGUCCAGUGAAGGUGAUGCUGGAGGUCAUACUUCCACAACAACAAUCAGCACUGUGGCCAUAGAGGCUGGGGACUCUCAGAUUGUUGUAGCAGUGCUCAAGUGUGGGGAACUGAUGCAGCUGCAACUAACAGAAGCGCAACCCAACCUCCUGGAGAUCGGAAACAACCUGGAUGAGACCAAAAAGCUUCUUGAUGAACACGAGCAGCUUCUUACUAAACUAAAGAAAAAUGAAGGAGGUGUGUGGGCUUUGCUGGAGGAGGCUGAUAAAACAGCAGAAGAGAAGAAGGGAGAGGAGCUGGUGUAUGAGGCCAUGGCUGUCUCUCUCAGCAAGGCUUGGAAGAUUCUAGUGACCCACCUGGAGAAGAGGAGAUCUCUCCUGAUUUUGGCUUGCCAUUUCUUUGAGUGUGCUCUGGAGUUUGCCAUGAAAAUCGAUGAAGCUGAGGACUUUCAGAGUGCUGGGCAGGAGCUGACCUCUGCAGACGGCAGAAAUGAAAUACUUCAGACACACACCACUAUUAGAAGAGGGAUGUUGGAGAAGUCAAUGCUGGUAUUGAAUAAAAGUCGUGAGUUGCUGGAGUUUUUGAAGGAUUUCCAAUCUGAGCAGGCCCUGCAAUAUGGCAGAGCUCCUCAAUGGGCCUGGAACAGCUGUGGAAAGGUUGAGGGUUUAAUGGAGAUUCUGCAGGACAGACGCAGGCAAGUGGACCUCUGCAUGAGACGACAACAGCAUGAGCUGGAAAUGAUCCACCACAUAUGCCAAUGGGAGCAACAGGAACAGGAAGUAACACAAUGGUUUAAGGAAAAUACUGGUUUGUUCUUGGAAAGCAAUCAGCUGGGUUCAUCACUUUUGGAAAAUGAAGAUUUACUGCAAGAAUAUAAAGAGUUUGAAUUGAAAGCCAAGGACUGGGGUGUACUGGUUGAGAGGUUACUACAUCAGGCUGCUGAGCUGCUGUCCUCAAAUGACUGCACGGAGAUUCAGCACUUGUCUGAGAAGAGUGAGAAACUCAAAGCCAUGCAUGAGCAGUUCUGGAGAGUGAUGAUGAAUCGGCUGGCUCAUCUACAGGAGAGCAAUGGCUUUUACAGCAGUGCUAAUAAAGCAUUUGAGGUGCUGGGUACCAUAGAAAUUGCUAUUAAAGACCUGAAGGCUCAACCUCUGUCGUUACCUGAGCUAGCAAAGAAACAUAAAGCAAUUUCACACAGUAUAAAAGAGGCUUCCGUUGAGCCUCUUCAGAGAGGUCAGCUGUUACUUCAGAAGCUCAACCCGCAAAGUGUCCACGUCGGAGGGCUGCAAAGGAUGCUCAGAUACAUCAAAGAGAGGGUAGAGGUGCUGAGUCGCGAGUGCCACGCCCACAGUGAUCUCACAGGCAAAAAACAGCAACUGUUGACUGCAUUUGAAGAACUGGUGGAUAAGGUCUCUGCCUGGAUUAAGAGCAGCAACAGUGUCCUCUCUGCUAGCAUAGAGCCUGGUUCAACUUUAAUGGACGCCGAGGACACACUUAACAAACAUGUUGAGCUCCUUACACAGUCUCAGGAUGUCAUGAGGGAAUCAGAGGCUGUAGCUCGUUUUAUAAAGGAGAUGCGGGGGCUGGAAACCUCAGAGACGGUCGAGUUGUCUAACAAAGCCUUGCUUCUGGCAGAAGAGAUGAAAACAUUGGUCAGGGACAUUUCAGCGCAUGUGGAGAUCCUCAGACCCUUUGUGGACUUCUUACGCUCUACUGAUGAGGUUGAAGAGCACAUAAGGACAUUGCAGGAAUGCUACAAGAACAGGCCAGAAGAAGAGGAGGAGAAUGAAGGAGCAGGUGCACCCAUGAAGGAAAUAUUGGAUGCUAAGUGGCAGUCUCUUCUGCAGAGUUUUUUCACCAUGCAGGACCUCGGCAACAAUUUCAUCAACUCCUCUAACAUGGUCAGUGACAACGUAAAUCUGAAUAUUAAAGCAGCAGGACAUGUUGUGGAAAAACAAAUGGAGACUCUGGCCAAGAAAAAAUCGGAGCUCUCAGAGUUGUGGACGUCUUGGCAACUUCAUUAUGGUGAGAUAAAAUCUGUGAAGAAGCAGUGGAAAAAAUUCAAGGAUCAACUCAAAAAGGUUCUUCAUGACUUAAGAGCAAUGGAUGAGAUCUUUGCUCCAGCAUCAAAAGUUGAUUUGGGUGGAGAUCCUCAGUCUGUGUCAAAGCUACAGGAGAACUUCAACUCUGGAAAGCCACAGUUCCUACAACUGAAUGCAGAGGUGGAAUUCCUGGUUAAGACUUCCGAGCUGCUUGCCUUGAAAGGUAUACCAGUCAAAGAGAAGAAUGAGAGAGUUUCUGAGCUUCUUCAGCUGCAUCAGCGUUUCAGAGAUAAAAUCAGAGAGUAUGAAACUGUUCUCAGCAUGGCCGUCAAAUUCCAUCAGCUUUAUCAAGAGCUGGAUAACUUUUUAAAGACAGAACCUGUGGCCGUGUUCAGUAACAGCAGCCAGGCCAGGUGUCAGCUGACCCAGCACCAUGAGAGGCAGAGGCACAUGCGGCAUCUGUACAAACUCGCCCUCUCCCUGGGUGCAGACAUCACCUGCACUGUGCAGCAGUCGCGUGUGCUGGUGUUGUCAGUGCAACGGCUACAGGAGAAGCUGGAAAAGUUGGAGAGAGGAAGUGCUAACUGGGUUGCUGAGGCCAACAAGUGUGAAGAGAGUUUGAUGAGCAACGUCCACUGCUGCAUCUAUCAGGAAGAGAUCAGUGAGCUGAGAGAGUCCUUUAAAGACCUUAAGAAGAAAUUCAACAAUUUGAAAUUCAACUACAUGAAGAAAAAUGAGAAGUUGAGAAACUUAAAGGCUGUGAAAAAUCAGAUCCAGCAAAUUGAGAUAUACAUAGAAAAGCUACAGGUUUUAAAGAAGAAGGUACAAGUCUUCACUCUAAAGGUAUCUAAUAGCAGUGAGAAGCAUUUAAUUGGCAACAACCUUAGAGAGAUUGAGGAUGCCUUAAAUGAGCUCCAGAGACAGGUGGGUGACUUUGACAGGACGGUGGAGGAGUACAAACAGUCCCUGGAUAUGAAUAUCAAACUACAGCAAGCCUUAGAGGAGUAUCAGUUCUGGUGUGAUGAGGCAAGCUCCACAAUUGUACGUGUGGGUAAAUAUUCCUCUCAAUGUAAGACUAAGGAAGCAGUGAGCGCUCUCUACAAACAGUUUGAAAAGUUUGUGUGGCCCACAAUCCCACAGCAAGAGGAGAGAAUCAGCCAGAUCACUGAGCUGGCAGUGCGAUUACAUGGUGCAGAUGAAGGGAAAAAAUAUAUGGAAAAAACAGUCAACAAACACCAUGAAAUUGUGGAAUCAAUAAAAGAACUGUCAAAUGGACUGCUGGAUCUUGAGGCCAAACUACAGUUAGAGACCUUUAAACAUCCUCUGACACCUGAAGAAAACAACAAACGGGACACUAUUGAUACUCCUGAGCAAAAGGAAAGUGGACACACCCCUGAGAUGACAGGUCCACACUGUACUAAAGAGUUACCUAUUAACAAGUGUCCAGAAAACAAGAAAACUCAACUUCACAAGACACAAAGCCAAGAUUUGCCUGACAAACCUCUUCCAGAGCAUCAUAAGAUGCUAUCAGAGACCAGACUGUGCACCCAGGAGGUCUAUUCCAAGACCAGCAAGGUGGAGACCAUCUCAAAAAAGUCUACUACAGAAAGAAGAGAAGAGAUGCACACCUCCUUCAUUCACACCCACAUUGUUAAUGUGAGCCAUUCCCCUGCGGAGCGAGAAAGGAGGAGUCACAUUCUAAAGCAAGCCAGGAGGGACUCCCGAGAAACUCCUCCACCUCCACCACCACCUCCACGAGAUCCAUCACGCAUCACAGAUAUCCAAGUGCAGUUUCAGGGUGCAGAGAAACAGUAUUCUGAGAAGACCAACUUGGAGCACAAGUAUCAGGGCUUUAGUAGACCUCAUCCACCCUCAGAUUUCAAGGCCGCAGCUCAUCAUUCUGUAGAGGAGGAGUUUUUGACACAUGGAACACCAGAGCCAGCAGCUCCAGUACCUGAAGGUGACUUCCACCCAGACCAUCUCACUGAGGAAUCACUCUCCAAUGACGAAUACGAAUGCACCUCGCCUGAUGACAUUUCCCUGCCUCCAUUAUCCGAGACCCCAGAAUCCAACAUUUUACAGUCCGAAAAUGACCUGGAUGAUGGCUACUGCGCAAGCUCUCACAGCCUCCAUGUUAACCAGCACAGCCACCAGUCCCACUCCCAGCAUGGGGACACCCUACACCCGAGGCGGGACUGGACAUCUAGCCAGGCUGAGAGCUACCCCUCUCCCACCACUGGUCUGGGGGCCAGGUUCAGAGCAGAGUCUUCCUCCUUUGUUCAAAGUCCCCUAACAGUGCCUGCCCCCAGUCUUGUGUCCAACACCCUCUCCAGUAUCCUAAAGAGCAAAUCUGCCCACCCACCACCAGGCAGUCUUACCGAAUGCAGUGAAACCCUUUACUCAGUGCAUGAAAUUCGUACUGAGAUACAGGAGACUGUGCAUGAUUCCAGUCAGGGCCAGGGCCCCAGUGCUCCGGCCCAUAACACGCAUGCUACCCCAACCCCAUUAACCACAGAGCAGGACUCAGAUGUGUGCAAGCCCACAGCCACCCGAGAGGAGAUCAAGCGGGCAUCUUCCAAAAAGUUUAUGGGCAACCUGGCAGCUGGCCCAGGCCCUAACUUCUCCAAACCCUUGGCUAAUGUCACAGUAAUGGAGGGCUCUCCGGUGACCCUGGAGGUGGAAGUCACUGGAUGCCCUGAGCCUACUUUAACCUGGUUCAAGAAUGGACACAAACUGGCCAAUGAUCAGCACAUAGAACUGUCCCAUAAAGAAGGCAAACAUGCGUUGUUCAUUCAGAGUGCUGCAGUGAGAGACUCUGGACAGUAUGUGGUCACUGCCUCUAACUCAGCUGUCACAGUUUCCACUAGUUCCAUGCUACAGGUCAAAGUGCAUGGGACUGCUGAACACUUCCUCUCCAGAAUGGAGAAGCUAAAUGUAUUAGAGGAAGAAGACAUGAACGCACAUUUCACUCAUCCUGAAGUGCAUUGCCAGAGAGAUACUGAGGUUGCAGAAAGUGGUGCGAGCCAAAGUCUGAAACACAAUGAUCUGUCAGUUUCAUCCAUAAUAAGUGUUAACACAUCAGAUUUUGGAGUGUGCAUGACUCAGAUGACAUGAAGGAGAUGAGAGUUCUGCCUGGGAUAAUUAUUAGAGGCAAUCAGAGGUG